AUGGAACCCCCUACCCUCCCCAUCUCGGCCUCGGCGCAGAAGAAACGUCGCAGACCCGCCUUGGCCUGCGAAGCCUGCCGCCGCCGCAAAGUGCGCUGCGACAGAAACCUACCCUGUGGCACCUGCGUGCGCUCCAAGAACGCUUUAUGCACAUACACAACCCAGGCCACGACCAACAACACCAACACCUCAACCCUGGGGCGGAAAAACCGGGACGAAAGCCCGAAGCACGGGUUCCCCCAAUCCGGUGCCGCGGCCCUGGCCCUCCCAGAGCCCAUCUUGUACCAACCCCUGCCCACCCCGCGACACUCGGCCCCAUCGUCGACGCGGGCCGCGGACUCGGACGACCCCUCACCGAUCCUUAUCCCCGGGCUGACCGCCAGCGCCGGGGAGCACUCUGGCCCCGCGGACUUCGGGCUGUGGCAGCCUGUGAUCCAGCCGCGGCCUGCUCCGGUUGCUGCUGUUCCUGGCGGGAGUGUGCGGGACACGGCCUCGACGCCCGGGAGUAAUAGUAAUCACGGCUCGUCGUCGACUGUGAAUUCGCUCGUGGACAGGGUGAAGCAGCUUGAGCAGCAGUUGUCUGAUUUGAUGCUCUGCCGUCUAGUCACAUUCGCCAAGAAAUUUGAAAACGAAAAGACAACCUACCUCUACCAAGGCCUGGAAAAAUGCAAAAACCUAGGCCGCAUAAUCAAGGCCCGCCGCACACCAACCUUUGCCACAAUUUCCAUCGGCAAAAACAUGCCCAGCCGCGAAGUUGCAGACGCCCUGAUCGACGCUUACCUCCGCACCUUUGAAUCCGUCCAGCGCAUCAUCCACAUACCGACCUUCAAGGCGGAUUACGAGCGCUACUGGCAGAACCCAUCUGACGUGAACGAGCCCUUCAUCGUGCUCAUGCAGCUGUGCAUGGCUAUCGGGGCAACCUUCCACGACGAACGCUUCACCCUAAGAAACCUCGCUAUCCAGUGGUUCUGGGAGGGCAUGUUCUGGCUCAUGAUGCCGUGCGAAAAGUCCCGCAUGACCAUGACGGGGCUGCAGAUCCGCUGCCUGAUGCAUUACCUCCGCCAUACCGCCAACAUCGGCUGCGACCUCUCCUGGAUCGGGGCCGGCUCGCUCGUCCGCACGGCGAUCUACAUGGGCCUGCACCGCGACCCCAAGGGGCUCGUCAAGAUGACGCCGUAUCGCGCAGAGAUGCGCCGGCGGCUAUGGGCGUCGAUCCUCGAGAUCGCACUGCAGAGCGCCAUCGACGCGGGCGGACCGCCGCUCAUCUCGGCGCGCGACUACGACACCGAGCCGCCCGCGAACCUGGACGACGCGCAGCUCGUCGAGGACAUGGACUCGGCGUUCCCGGUGCCCAAGGACGCCAAGACGUUUACGCAGAUGACGGUGCCGCUCGCGCUGCACGCGUCGCUGCCUGCGCGAUUGGCGGUCACGGCGAGGGUGAACGACUUCAGGUCGGAUACUGUGUACGAGGAAACGUUGCGGUACAGCGGCGAGCUGAGUUCCGCGCUCCAGAGGAUGAUGCAGCAGCUCAAAAUCCACCCGGAAAUAUCACAAUUCGCGAUGCGGUACGCGCAGUUCAUGACCUACCGCCUGUUCUUCGCGCUGCACCAACCGAUCAUACCCCUCGCGCUGCGGAACCCGAUAUACUACUUCUCCCGCAAGGUCUCCGUCGACACGGCCCUCCGUCUCUGCGAGAACUCGCUCCUGACUCCCGGAAAAGACGGCGCCGGGGCGAUGAGACCUGCCGAUACUUCCGAGCGGGACUUUCUCUGGCUGACGGUCAACGGGGCGGGGGCGUACCGCUCGGUGCCGUUCCAGGCCGUCAUGACUGUGGGGCUGGAGCUGAUCCACCAGAAAGAGGAUGAGAUCAAGAACGGGCCGUCAAUGUCCUUUGCCGGGCCUGAGUUCCGUGGGAUCCUGGACGCGGUGGCCGGGUGGUCGAGGGCGCGGAUCAAGUCCGGCGAGACCAACAUCAAGGGCCAUGCGCUGAGCGUGCUGCUCGUGGCGCAUCUGCAGGUGCUCGAGGCCGGGGUCGAUGACGAGCGGGUCGAGAAGCACUUUGAGAGGGCAUGCGAGGAGAGAGUCACGGAGUGCUAUGACUUGCUAAAGGAGCUGGUCGGGGAUGAUGUCCCUGAAGAAGGGGUGGGGAUCGGGGCGCCUGACAUACACGACUUGGAUAUGGACUUUGAGGUUGGGACUGACAUGUUGGGAGAGUGGGAUUGGGAUAGCAUGGAUAAUGGCGGUUUCAUCUCGACCUUGAACUUUGGGAACAUUGACAUGAUGUUUCCCUAA